AUGCCACUCAAUACUGUCAACAAUGAUGGUUCACUCAAUAAUCCUUCUCAAAUUAGAGCUAAUUUACAAAAAGUGAAAAGUGUUGGCACGGAUGGAAUUAUGAUCGAUGUAUGGUGGGGAAUUUGUGAACAAAAAUCUCCACAAUCCUAUAAUUUCACAGCCUAUCAACAAUUAUUUACCAUGUGCCAACAAAUUGGUUUAAAAGUAGAACCUGUCAUGUCUUUCCAUCAAUGUGGUACUAAUAUUGGAGAUGCUGCUUAUAUUCCACUACCAAAUUGGGUAUUACAAGUGGGUCAAUGGAAUCCAGAUAUUUUCUAUACGGAUCAGAAUGGUCACAGAGAUCGAGAAUAUUUAUCAUUGGGUGUGGAUAAUGUUGCAAUCUUUCCAACAAGUGUUCCUGGAAAGAAUAGAACAGCAGUAGAUAUCUAUUCUGAUUUUAUGACUGCUUUUAGAAAUACUUUUUCAAGUUUUAUUCAAAGUGGUGUUAUUGACGUGAUUGAAAUUGGAUUAGGACCUGCUGGUGAAAUGAGAUAUCCAUCUUAUCAAUUACAAAAUAAUUUAUGGAGUUUUCCUGGAAUUGGAGCUUUUCAAUGUUAUGACAAGUACAUGUUAAACAAUUUAGCGAUGGCUGCUAAAAAUGUUGGACAUCCUGAAUGGGGAACUGCAGGUCCAAAUGAUGCUGGAUAUUACAACUCAAUGCCAUAUCAAACUGGUUUCUUUAGUGACAAUACUUAUAAUAAUUAUGCUUCAAAUUAUGGUCAAUUUUUCCUCAAUUGGUAUUCUGGAAUGCUCAUUCAGCAUGGUAAUAGUAUUUUACAACGAGCUCGUUCCAUUUUUGGAAAGAAUGCAAAACUUGCAGCAAAAAUUGCAGGAAUUCAUUGGUGUCAAUAUAAUAUUGAUUUUGAAUUUACAUGUAUGGAAAUGAUUGAUAGUCAACAACCAUCUAAUUGUGCAUGUGGACCUGCAGAGCUUGUUGCUCUCACUCGAUCGACAGCAUGGAAAUAUGGUUUAGAUUAUGGAGGAGAGAAUGCAUUAGACAUUGAAGGAAAUACUCAAGCAAAUGCACAAAUUGUAAAACAAUCUUCUUCGAGUGGAAAGGCAAUCUCUGGAUUUACUUAUUUGAGAAUGAGUGAUAGUUUGUUGAAUUCGAGUUAUAACUUCAAUGUCUAUGCACAACUUGUGAAUGCUUUACAUCAACUUGAAAUGAAUACUAAAUCAUCAAACUCCAAUGACACAAUUCACAUUCUGAAACAACUUCCAAAAAGCUUUCUAUUCUCAUUCAAGAAUUGA